GACCAUACUAAGAAUACUAGUUUGAAAGAGAAACACGUUCUACCAUACCUAUCCUUGUCCUUCUUCUCUUUGCCCUUUUCCCACUUUCCAGUUCCUAUCUUUACCUUACCCUCCCAAACUACCAUUCAUUCAUUUUCAAGUUUGAAGCUUUAACCAUGGCAAGCUCCACCUUCUUCUCCUCUGUAGCUAUAUCAUCUCUCAGUCACUCACGAAAACCACUUCAAUCAACCUUUCUCCUUUCUUCACCAAACCCUUCUUCUCUUUUCACACUUCCAAAGAAAUUCACAAAAUCCAACAAACUCAGAACCCUAAUUGUAUCCAAAUCCAAUAACAGUGAUUCAGCUGAUGCCAGUGACCGUUUAAUUUCAGCUCUUUGUUACUUCUAUCCCUUUUUUGAUGGCAUUCAAUAUGGAAAAUUUGUAAUCACUCAAUUUUACCCAAUUCAAGCCAUUGUUCAACCAUUGAUUCCUGCAAUUAGGGUUUUUAAAAGCUUUCCCUUUAAUGGGUUUCUUGUGUUUUUGACACUUUACUUUUUUGUUGUCAGAAAUCCUAAUUUCAGUAAAUAUGUCAGGUUCAAUACAAUGCAAGCUAUUGUUCUUGAUGUGCUGUUGAUUUUUCCUGAUCUUUUGGAAAGAGGGUUUAAUCCAAGAGGUGGGUUUGGAUUGGAUUUGUUGAUGAGUUUGGAUAGCACUGUGUUUUUGUUCUUGUUGGUGUGUUUGAUUUAUGGCUCUUCUUCUUGUAUUUUGGGUCAGCUACCUAGAUUGCCUAUUGUUGCUGAUGCUGCUGAUAGGCAAGUUAUGUGAAUGUAGUUCAUUUGUAUUGUAUAGAAACUUAUUGUUUAAAUUCAGCUUAUUUCAUAGUGGAAAAAAUAUUGAUUUUUUCACUUAAUUAAUAGCAAGCCUAGAAUCUUGUAAGGAAACAAUUUUAUUUGUUUCUCAUUUUGCUGUAUUGUUAUAUGAUUUUCAAAUUCAUUGGUGAAUUUGAGACACUGCUGAACUUCAAUACUAGUAUAUUGUUUAUUGAAUAGAA